AUGACUACAGCUCACAGGCCUACCUUCGACCCGGCCCGUGGCAAGGAAGCCCUGCGCGGCCCAGCCUACCACCAGCGCCUCCUCCCAGCCUACACCCAGCUCAAGUUCAGACAACCGGGCCAAGGCGGCGACGCUGACGCCAGCACGCGCGACCUGCGCGCCGAGCUCGAGGCCGCCGAGGCAGCACACUACGCGAAGCUCAAGGGCGCGCCUAUCCCCGGCACCUCCUCCUCCUCCGACAACAACAACACCGCCGACUCCUCUACCACCAACAAGCGCCCGCUCGCCGCCCUAACCUCCAAACAAUCCGCAGACGACGCAGGCGACGCAGACGACGACGAAGACCCCGACACCAAACGGCGGCGCAUCCUCGCCGAGACGCGCGCCAUCGAUGCCGACGACAGCGACUCCGGCUCCGGCUCCGGCAACGAUGACAGCGCAGACGAUUCAGACGACGACGAUUCGAGCGACGACGAUGAAGACGCCGAGCUGAAGCGCGAGCUGGAGCGGGUGCGGCGGGAGCGCAUCGAGAAGCGCGAGGCUGAGGAGCGCGAGCGCGCGGCGGCGGAGCAGGAGGCGCGCGAGCGGGAUAUUGCGCUGGGGAAUCCGUUGUUGAAUGCGGCGGCGGCCGGGGGGGGUGCGAAGGCGGCGGAUUUUAGUAUUAAGAGGAGGUGGGAUGAUGAUGUGGUGUUUAAGAAUCAGGCGAGGGGGACGGAGGAGAAGGGGAAGAGGACCGAGUUUAUUAAUGACUUGUUGCGGUCGGACUUUCACAAGAGGUUUAUGAGCAAGUAUGUGAGGUGA